ACACCUAUGGCAGAAUAAAAAGAGAAACAUUCUCCAUAUCAGCAAUUACUAACAAUAAAAUUUUCUCAACACACAUACACAUACACACACACAUUAUAUAUACAUAUAUAUACAAGCAUGUAUGAACGCACUCGUCAUUUCAUAUUUAAGUAAAAUCAACAUCAGUCUUAAUAUCAAUAAAUUAUUUCUUCUUCUUUUUAAACAUGCUAUCUGCAGCAAAAAAAUUGAGUAGAAAGAAGAACAAAGUGUCUCCUUCGACACCAGAGAACGUAUCGCUAUACGAUUUGGCUAACCUUGUAAAAAGACUAUCUACUCAAGUGGAUGAUUUGGUAGAAACCAAUGGUCAUCAACAUCACCAUCAGCAACAACAACAGCAGCAGCAGUUGCAAUCACAGUCGCAGUCUUUUCCUUUUCAAAUCCAUCCGAUUACUGUCGAUCCCUGGGCAUCUCAAGUACCUCAAAACUAUGGUGCCUUACUUCAGAAACUAGAAGAUAUGGAUGGAUUGCAAAAAUGCUCCAACAAGUGUUGCUCUUCUCUGAGUAACGUAUCAACGGCCGAUGGCGUACCAUGGCCAGAGCCCCUUGAACCUUUUCGAUCAAUUCCUUGUGAUAUAGAUGAUGUGUUAGACAGUCAAUAUACACAUUGGUGCACCUUGAUGCGAUGCCUACCUCUUAUGGAUCCAGUAUCCUCUCUUCACGUAAAGACAGUUGGUCUUUAUGCAAUGAGAGAAAUAUUGAAAGUGAAGGCAAUUCAAAAGAGAGAAACGGCAAUCAGCUGUCGACGUCAUUACCAAAGAUCAACUUUAAGGGAUUCAAUGAGCUGGGGUGCUGCCUCCCAAACGCACAUGUAUACUGAUUUUGAAAAUAAAAUGACACUAUCCUCGUCCACGUCUUCACCAAUUCCUCCACCCUUGCCACCUAAAGAGGAAACUCAAGCAUCUACACCAUGUAUAUCACCCGUUGUCGGCCAUCACAAUAAAUUCAAAAAAUGGAUCAAGCACAAGGCAUUACAUCAUCGAUCGCUUCAUGCUUAACUUA